ACUCAUUCUAUCGAUUUGAUCCGCCGGCGCCAUGAACAGCACCUCCGAUAACCUGGACCCCGAUGGGCAGAACACGGGCGGAUACCCGUACGGCAUCGGGAUCUCCCUCGGCGUCGUCGCCGUCAUCAUCUUCUCCACCCUCGCCUCCUACCUCUGCACCCGCGUCCGCGGCCCGCCGCCCCGGAGACACUCCCUCGCCGCGGCGGAGGAGGACGGCGACUACUCGUUCGCGAUCUCGCUCGGCCUCGACGAGACCACGCUGGAGACCUUUCCCAAGCUCCUCUACUCGCAGGCGAAGGGGGCCGCUCGUGGAGGCGGCGGCGGCGGCGGCGGCUCGGCCUCGAGCUCGAGCUGCUGCUCGAUUUGCUUGUCGGAGUACAAGGAGACCGACGUGCUGAGGCUGCUGCCGGAUUGUGGGCAUUACUUCCACUCGAAGUGCGUCGAUCCGUGGUUGAGAAUCAACCCGUCGUGUCCGAACUGCAGGACCUCGCCGGUCCCGACUCCAGUCGGAACUCCUCUUGCUGAGGUUGCGCCGUUGACCGCGUUGCGGCGGUGA